AUGGUGUACUCUCGCAGCACUUCCACCCGUGCCUACGUCAAGGCCGUCGCUCUCUGUGCACUCAGCUUGGCUUCACUGUCCCUUUCGACGGCCCAAGAUGCGACGUCUACCGUGUGCGAAGUCUCCGAAGGUGACAAGAGCUUCGGUGUCCGCGUUGUCGACGACGCCGGCUGCGCCAACGGCGGACUCGGCUGCUACAACGACCACUGCCGCUACUGCAAGCUCAUCGACACGCCCAAGUCGACGCAGUUCGAGAGCUGCUCGUCCUUUGGGGCCAACUUCCCGUCCAUGGCGCCGCUGGUGGUCACCACUGGGCCCUGCGAGAUCUCGGGAGGUGACGCUGCAGUGGGCAUCGCUGCGGUGGUCGAUGCGGACUGCUUGUACGGAGGCCUCGGUUGCUUCAGCGACCACUGCCGGUUCUGCAAGGUACAGGAGACGCCGCAGUCGACGGCCUUCCUGGGCUGCGCAGACUUCAACGCGGCCACCCUCGUCACGGUCGGCACGAUCACGACCCCGGCACCGACUGCGGCUGCCACGGAUGCACCGAUCGUCAUUGCCACUGAUGCCUCGGCGUCUACUACGGAUGCACCGACGACCACCACCACCACCACUACUGCCGGUGGUUCGUGCACGCUCGUAGUUUCCGAAGGCGACGCAGCGGUCGGCAUCAACAUUGUCGGCGAUGCGUCGUGCAGUGCCGGCGGUGUCGGCUGUAUCGAUGAUGUGUGUCGGUUCUGCCGAGUGAGAACCACGGUGCAGUCGGCAGCGUUCACCGACUGCGGUGCCAUUGCCGGCGCCACCACUGUCACGGCGACGGAGGCUCCUACCGAUGCGCCUACAGACGCUCCUACUGCUGAUGCCUCGAUAGAUGCACCUACUGAGGCUCCGACGGACGCCCCUACCGACGCUCCGACAGAGCUCCCGACCGAGGCACCGGCCACCGGCAGCACGUGCCAGCAAGCGGCGGCUGAGGGCGACAUCUUGGCCGGCAUCACCAUCGUCACCGACACGUCCUGCGCCACCGGCGGCAUCGGAUGCAUCAGCGACGUGUGCCGCUACUGCCGCCUCGUGUACACGAGUCAGUCGGCGGCGUUCACGGACUGCGGCGUCGUUCUCGGCACGGUAGCCACCACCGACGCACCGACCGACGCGCCGACGGAUGCGCCAACCGUCACCGCGACCGAUGCUCCAACUGAUGCGCCCACGGACGCCCCCACUGCUGCCCCAGCCGACCAGCCUGCGUGCACGAAGGUCGUCUCCUCGGGCGAUGCAUCGGUCGGCAUUAACAUCGUCACGGAUGCUUCGUGUGCGAGCGGUGGUGUCGGCUGUAUUGACGACGUGUGCCGCUUCUGUAAGGUGCUGACCACGAUCCAGUCGACGGCGUUCGUGGACUGCACGUCCGUCACCGGGUACUCGACCAACGUGAUCACCACGGCGGAUACUGUCGUCACCGAGGCCCCGACCGCCGUCCCGACGGAUGCCCCCACGGAUGCGCCUACCGAUGCGCCUACCGAAGCCCCUACCGAUGCUCCUACCGACGCUCCCACGGAUGCUCCGACUGAUGCCCCGACGGAUGCUCCGACUGAGGCACCGGCAGCAACCACCGCCGCCCCUCCGACCUCUGACGCAGUGUGCACUCAGGUCGUGUCGGACGGAGACGCUGCUGUCGGCAUCAACAUCUUCACGGACGCAUCGUGUGCGAGUGGCGGCGUGGGCUGCAUUGACGGCGUGUGCCGCUUCUGCAAGGUCAGGACGACGGACCAGUCUGCGGCGUUCGUCGACUGCCCCUCGGCGUAG